AUGGGUACUCACUCCCCAAUGAGUGAUACAGAAGGUACUAGUAAGCCAGAGAAGUUACUAGCUAGUCUAGCAACCCCACGCCGCCGGCACCUGAAGCUGAGUAACCCCAGUUCAUCUGUUCCAGAUCUGCUCACCCCUCGCCAUGAACAUCUUCAAGAAGAAGACAUCACCCAAAGAUGCACUGAGGACAAGCAAAAGGGAAAUGGUUGUAGCCACAUCGGGUAA